AUGGUAUUUAAUCAAGGCGAAGAUAUGAUGCUCAUUUGGAAAUUUUGCUCACGAGGCACAGUACAAGAUAUCAUUUACAAUCCUAGUCUCACACUGGACAAUAAAUUUCACGCAGCUUUUGUCCGCGACAUAACGCUGGGCUUGGAAUAUCUGCAUUCAUCACCGAUUGGCUAUCAUGGAUCAUUAUCACCCUGGGCAUGCUUGAUUGAUCGUAACUGGAUGGUCAAGUUAACCGAUUUCGGGAUUGCAAAUCCGAUCGAACGCUGGGAAAAGCUGGGACUAAUCUCUGUAAAUGCGCUCACGUCCGAUGACGACAAAAGUGGACCAACACAGAAAACAUGUCAAUUCUUUAAAUUUUUGUUGAAUUCCCUGCAAAACUUCAUUCAGCCUUUUGUGGUUAUUUUAAGGACUGUUGUUAUCUUGGAAAAAUCGCGCGGUUCUAUUCCAUAUAAUAUCUGGGAGCCCAUAGCUACGCUCUUUGUGAUUUUGUCUGACAGGGGGGCAAUCUGCCAAAUUUCACUGAGUUUGAGGAUUCUAUGCUUGUAA